AGCUUUGUUGUGUGUUUGUUUGUUUCUUUGGUUUCCUUGCUUUUAGCUUCGAAAAGGGAUAUACUAUCAUUUCUUAUUUUUUUAGUUGAACUUGAAUCAAUGUUGCCAAGUGCUAAACACAGUUCAUCUCUUCACUUGGGUAGGACUAUAAUGAGUGAACAGCUGGGGCUGCUAAAAGUCUUAGUUGUGCAAGGGAAAAGGUUGGUGAUCCGGGAUUUCAAGAGCAGUGAUCCUUAUGUUGUGCUCAAACUAGGGAAUCAGACCGCAAAGACCAAGGUCAUUAAUAGCUGUUUGAAUCCUGUUUGGAAUGAAGAGCUGAAUUUCACUCUGACUGAACCCUUGGGAGUUCUGAAUUUGGAAGUAUUUGAUAAAGAUCUUUUGAAGGCUGAUGACAAGAUGGGAAAUGCUUUCCUCAACCUUCAACCAUUAGUGUCUGCAGCUAGAUUGAGAGAUAUUUUAGGAGUCUCCUCUGGUGAGACAACUAUAAGGAAGGUGAUACCUGAUGGUGAAAACUGUCUUGUCCGUGAAAGCAGUAUCAAUUGUGUUAAUGGUGAGGUUGUGCAGAAUGUUUGGUUAAAGCUUCGUGGAGUAGAGUCUGGGGAGAUAGAAUUGACGAUCAAGUUGAUCACACCUGUUGCUUCCUCAGUAUAGUGUGCAGAAAUUGCAAGUGUCCUCGGGCUAGAUCUCUAACAAGAUCAUAAUUGUAACAUUUUAUUUGUAGUUAGAGUCCUGCUUGUGAUUAAACCCUUCAUAGAUUUUUCAACCAAAAAUUAAAAAAUAAAAUAAAAUAAAAAUUAUAGAUGCAUAUUCCAAUGAAAUUUAGCAGCUAGUUUGUGAUGAGCCACUAGAAGCUGCAUUUCCAAAUGAACAAGUUGUGAUUUAUGGCUUCUUUGGUCUUUAUGGUGUGUUGUACUUGUGUUACCUUGUAUUACAUCACAAAAAAAGUAGUAGAAAAUCAGCCCUUGAUUUUAGCUAUGAGCACUCAUUGGGUAUUGCGUAGGUUUGGGUGGUAUUGUAUUGAUUUUCAGGUAAGUCAAGGAAAAAGAGGUUGUGA